GAUCAAGCAAGGAGACACAACAGUCUGAUGCAAGAGUCCGUGAGAAGAUUCCCUGCCUCCAUGCAGCCGGCCCUGUUCACGCUCUUCCUGCUUCACACCUGGCUCCGUGGAGGACAGGGCGACCUCCGUGAGGACCUGACCUUGCUGAAGACCGAGCUUGCGCUUCGCCUCUACCAGGGUGCAGCGGCCCCUAGAAAUGAAACCAAUGUUGUCAUUUCUCCUGCUGGCGUGUCCCUUGCUCUGGAAAUCCUGCAGUUUGGAGCCCAAGGGAACACCGGCCGGCAGCUGGCCGAGGCCCUGGGUUACACCGUCCAUGACCAGAGGGUGAAACAGUUCUUACACACUGUUUACGCCACCCUGCCCAACUCCGGACGAGGCACCAAAAUGGAGCUGGCCUGCACUCUUUUCGUGCAAGCAGGAACGCCCCUCUCCCCCUGCUUUGUGGAACAGAUCUCCCAGUGGGCCAACAGCAGCCUGGAGCCAGCCAACCUCAGGGAACCCAACAGCACCAGCAUCGGGGUCAACGAAUGGGCUUCCAGGCAGAUGGCAGGUGACAACCCGGGCGGCCCGACAUGGGAGCACGGUGGCAGUGCAUUUCCCCAGCUGGCACUUGUGAGCACCAUGUCCUUUCAGAGCACUUGGCGGCAGAGAUUCUCCUCCAGGGACACUCAGCUCCUGCCUUUCACCUGUGCCCCGGGCCUCGUCCUCCAAGUCCCCAUGAUGUACCAAAUGGCCGAGGUCAACUACGGCCAGUUCCAGGACCCUGCAGGCCAUCAGGUGGGGGUGCUGGAGCUGCCUUACCUGGGAAACACAGUGAGUCUGCUCUUGGUUCUGCCACGUGACAAAGACACCCCGCUGAGCCACGUUGAGCCACACCUCACAGCCAGCAUCAUCCACAUCUGGACCUCCAGCCUCAGGCGAGCCAGAAUGGACGUGUUCCUGCCCAGAUUCAGGAUCCAAAAUCAUUUCAAUUUAAAAAGCAUUUUAAAUUCUUGGGGAGUCACCGAUCUUUUUGAUCCACUCAAAGCUAACUUGAAAGGAAUUUCAGGCCAAGAUGGCUUUUAUGUUUCUGAAGCGAUCCACAAAGCCAAGAUUGAGGUUUCCGAGGAAGGCAGCAAGGCGUCUACAGCCACCGCUCUGUUGUUACUGAAAAGGUCUCGGAUUCCUUUUUUUAAAGCAGAUCGGCCAUUCUUCUUUUUCCUGAGAGAACCCAACACAGGAUUUGUCUUCAGUAUUGGGAGCGUUUCAAAUCCCCUAGACUAAAUUAAGAGAUCUCAAGCAUGUUCUCCACUGUCAACUAUGCUUUUCUUCAUAAAAAGUUACAAUUGCAUUCUGCUAUACCC